AUGCCAACCUUACCUGAAGACAAGGGACAAUCAAAAGAGACACAACACAACAGUUCUCCUCCAGCCAAAGACACUACUGUUGAAGGGACAACAUGCAGUACACCUUCUAUUGUUCUUCCAGAGAAUGCUGUUACGCCAGAUGUAGAAAUUGAUAAAAAUCUGGUUAACAGACCUCGUAGUCCUCAUAGGAGACAUUCUAACCGUGCCACUAGGAGUCCAGCAAGUUCAUUGACUUCUGUUGAUAACAGUGGUCAUGUGAUUGAUCUGGUAAAUGAUCAGCUACCAGAUGUCAAAAUAUCAGAGGAAGACAAAAAGAAAAACCUUGAAUUACUAGAAGAAGCAAAGAAGGUGAGCGAGAGGUUUCUAAUGCGCAGAGGCAGAAAGUCAAGAAGCAGCCUUCCAGAGUCACCUACAGCAGUUUCUCCUACACUUAGUCCUAAAGUUUCACCAGUAACAUCUCGGAGCAACUCUCUCACUCUUCCAGUUCCAUCAGGGUCUGAUUCAUGCACAACCACUAGCGUCGAGUCACUGUCUCCAGGGCAGAAUAACAGAACUGUGAAAGAGGAUGACAGGCAAACUGCAGAGAAUGCUGCAAAAGGAUUAAUUGAUCGAAAGCAGAAUGAUCAAAGAAAGAUUUCUCAGGGAAGAUUGGUUCCUCGUUCUGCUGGUUUUGAAAACUCCAAAGAGAAGCUCUCAGAACAAAAAGAAAACUUUGAUCCACAUAAACGUAUGGAUACUUUACCUAAAUGCUCCCCUUCAGGUACUGAUGGUGGCAGAAUGUCUCUGAACGCUUGCAUGAAUGUUUGUGAAAAUGAAUUUGGAAAAUCAUUCCUCAAGAAAGCAAAAGAAAAUGAUGUUCCUUUAAGAACCCAUUUACCAGGACCAGGAGUAGGAAAUAUAGAUUCAAAGCUAAAAUUUCCUAUUCCAGAAGUGAGGGACCAUAAAGUUUCAUGUAAACCAGAAUUUAAACUGUGCGGACUGCGUCCUCCUCUGCUACGGGCUGUAUCAUGGGAUAGCUUGGAUCCUGGACAGAAAGAUAAAACACCUUUAAAAUUACCAUCUGAGGAAGAGAAAAGCUUUGUUGGUAAUAAAUCUAGCAGUCAAUUAAAAGCAUUCAAAGAUCUUCAAAUCCAAGUUCAACCAGUUCGAAUGCAGAAAUUGACAAAGCUCAGAGAGGAGCAUAUUUUGAUGAGAAAUCAAAAUUUAGUUGGACUUAAGCUUCCUGAACUUAGUGAAGCAGCUGAACAGGAAAAAGGCCCUUCACCUCUCCCCUCCCCCACUGAAGAGGAAGAGACAAAGAAUAGCUCUGAUGUAAUGCCCAGCAUUUCUGAUGUAUUGCUGCGAAAACUACGAGUGCACAAAUCACUUCCAGGAAGCUCCCCUCCACUUACUGAAAAAGAAGUUGAGAAUGUAUUUGUACAACUUUCCUUGGCCUUUAGAAAUGAUAGUUAUACCUUGGAAUCUAGAAUUAACCAAGCAGAGAGAGAGAGAAAUCUUACUGAAGAGAAUGCUGAGAAGGAACUGGAAAACUUUAAAGCAGCCAUUACGUCUUCAGCUCACCUAUGGCAUCACUAUGAACACAGAGAAGCUUACCAGAAGCUAUUGGAGGAUAUUGCUGUUCUGCGGCGUUUAGCUGCUAGACUAUCUAGUCGUGCUGAGAUGGUUGGAGCUGUUCGCCAGGAGAAGCGUAUGUCAAAGGCGACAGAAGUAAUGAUGCAGUAUGUGGAAAAUCUGAAAAGAACAUAUGAAAAGGAUCAUGCUGAACUAAUGGAGUUCAAGAAACUUGCCAAUCAGAAUUCUAGCAGAAGCUAUGGUGCAUCUGAAGAUGGAGUACCUCGUUCAUCUAGAUCCAUGUCUCUUACUGUUGGAAAGAAUAUGCCUCGGAGGAGAGUCAGUGUUGCUGUUGUUCCUAAAUUUAACUCCUUAAAUAUUCCUGGUCAGUCACCAACAGCUUCACCUAUACCUUCAAUGCCAUCCCUGUCUGAAUCACCUAGUAAUGGAAGGAGCAAUCUAACAUCUACUCCUGUUCUGCCAGCACUUUUAGAAAAUGGUAAGACUAAUGGAGAGCCUGAUUCUGAAACCUCUACUUCUGUGCUGACACAGAGUGGGUUGGAAGAAAUCAGUCCUGAAACAAGAGCCAAGAUAGAAGAAGAAGCAUAUAACAAAGGCUAUCAGGAAGGCUUGAAGAAAACCAAAGAACUUCAGGAACUGAAGGAAGAAGAUGAAGAAACACCAAAAGAAAGUCAUGAUGAACAUGAAGAAAGUGAAAAUGAAGAUGAGAUAAAAAACCUGCAAAGCAGCAGACUUGAAGUCAUCAUUAAUUAUUUACAUAUACUGUACCCCAAACUGUGUAAACACUGGAAUGUGGUAUGGCUUGUGGUGGCUGCGAUAAUAAUUUUUGCUGUGGUGUUGGGAAUCUACCAUUCAUACAACACCUGUGAUGAAAAAUCAGAGGGACCUGAAGGGAAGGCCAGCUGUUCUGCUGCCCAUCAAUAUUCCUGGUGGAACUCAGGAUUUCAACAUGAGCAACGCACUGAAUAA